GGUGGAAAGCAGUCUCUGCCUUUGCGUUCAUGGGAAUGAUCGUACUACCCAUAAUCGCGGUGUUUUGGUGUUUUGUUUUUGAAAUAUUUAAAACUAUUAAUUCACUAGAAAAGUAAAAUUAAAUUGGAAAUUCCGUGGCUAAAUUGGGAAAAAUUGAAUUUUUUGUGCAGUUGAAUUAAAGAACUUGCAGCAUCACAUAAAAUUUCAUCAGUGAGAUUCAUGUUCGAUUGCUACAGUUAUUAUUGGAAUGAAAAGUGCAAGUGAUGGGCUUUGUAAGAAUUGGACUGCAAUUUGACAAAUUCUGGGAAUAGAGAAGGAGAUUUCUGGAUUAACCCAGCACGAUAAUCAAAAGGAUUUAAAUAUAAUUUACUGAGUUUAUUUGUUAAACAUUGCAAAAAGUGAACUAUUCAGUGAUUUUCUUAGUGUAUUUAAAGACUGAGAAACAUAUGACACAAGAAAAGUGAAAAGAAACAUUAAACAAUUGAAAAAUUUUCUUUUGGCUUUAAUCAACGAGAUGGCUGGCAUUAAUGUUCAGCUGGCCGUUUGCGUGUCAUGGCGGCAAAUGGCACUUCUUCGAUGAUCUCACCUUCGUCUUCCAUUUCAAACGGCCCUGAGCCUCAAUUGCCGCCAUUACCGCCACCGCUUCGUUCGGCACAAGUAUUGCAACCGUUAUCAGUAUUUCCAGUGUCAGCUGUGAGUGAGGAAGCAACGUACGAUUAUGUGUUUGGUGGGCCGCCUGUGGAUAGACCGGCCCUGUCAUCAUCACUCAAGCUGACCUCUCCCCCAAUUCGGCUGCGAUCAGACGAUCACAAAAGUGGCCUAGAAGAUGAACGUCCUUAUCGUCGAUCAUUUGGACAUACUUCAAAGCGUUCACGAAACCUAGUUGGAAUUUAUUCGGCCGUAAAGGGACAUGGGGAGGACGAAGCCACUCUUCGACAAUUACUUAUUGAUUUACAAAAGCAAGUUAGCGUGAUGAGUAUGAAUUUAUCAGCAAAACUGGAUGAGUUGCAACGUGGUGAUCGUCACAUGGAGACAACAGUGGCCCUGUGUGAGAUUCGUUCUCAACUGCAGGAGCUCACAAAAUCCGUAGAAAGUUGUCAGAGUGAGGUUUCUGAGGUUAAACGUGAUAUGGUAGCAAUAAAACAUGAACUGGAUACAGUUCAGCAGGUCAAGGAGGAGAUUGAAGAAUUGCGGGAGUAUGUAGACCGUCUUGAGGAGCACACUCACAGGAGGAAACUUCGAUUGCUGGAGCAAGGGUUAACAUUCUUCCUGACAUACGCAAUAUUUGCGGCUGUGCUCGGAAUGCUUCAAUUCGGCUACAACACAGGUGUCAUCAAUGCACCAGAAGUCAAUAUCGAGAAUUUCAUGAAGGACGUAUACAAGGAUCGCUAUGGCGAAGACAUUACGGAAGAGUUUAUUCAACAAUUAUAUUCAGUGGCUGUGUCAAUAUUUGCCAUUGGAGGCAUGUUGGGGGGCUUUAGCGGUGGCUGGAUGGCUAAUCGGUUCGGAAGAAAGGGUGGUCUCCUACUCAACAACAUUCUCGGUAUUUCGGGAGCUUGUCUUAUGGGCUUCACCAAAAUGAGUCAUUCAUAUGAAAUGCUAUUUCUCGGACGAUUCAUAAUUGGCGUCAAUUGUGGUUUAAAUACAUCCCUUGUUCCAAUGUAUAUCUCGGAAAUUGCUCCGUUAAAUUUACGAGGUGGUUUGGGUACUGUUAAUCAGUUGGCUGUGACAGUAGGUUUAUUAUUGUCCCAAGUGUUGGGCAUCGAGCAAAUACUGGGUACCAACGAUGGAUGGCCAGUACUUUUGGGUUUGGCUAUUUGUCCGGCAGUACUGCAAUUGCUUCUUCUUCCUGUUUGUCCAGAAUCUCCCCGAUAUUUGUUGAUCACGAAACAGUGGGAAGAAGAAGCGCGUAAAGCACUGAGACGUCUUAGAGCAUCCAAUCAAGUGGAAGAAGAUAUUGAAGAAAUGCGAGCUGAAGAGCGUGCUCAACAGGCAGAAAGUCAUAUUUCCACCAUGGAACUAAUCUGUUCCCCAACCCUUCGAGCCCCGCUUAUCAUCGGAAUUGUUAUGCAACUCAGUCAACAACUGAGCGGAAUUAACGCCGUUUUUUACUAUUCUACAUCACUUUUCAUGAGUUCUGGCCUCACGGAGGAGAGUGCCAAAUUCGCAACUAUCGGAAUUGGUGCUAUAAUGGUUGUUAUGACACUCGUCUCCAUUCCGCUCAUGGAUAGAACUGGACGAAGAACACUGCAUCUAUAUGGAUUGGGCGGAAUGUUCAUCUUCUCCAUUUUUAUCACGAUAUCAUUUCUCAUAAAGGAAUUUUUUGGCUAUGUGCAGGAAAUGAUCGACUGGAUGUCCUACCUGUCGGUGGUAUCAACAUUGGCUUUUGUGGUAUUCUUUGCCGUGGGACCCGGAUCAAUUCCCUGGAUGAUCACGGCUGAGCUCUUCUCGCAGGGUCCACGUCCUAGCGCCAUGGCCAUAGCAGUAUUAGUCAAUUGGAUGGCAAAUUUUGUGGUUGGAAUUGGAUUCCCCAGCUUAAAGACUGCCCUGGAGAAUUACACAUUUUUGCCGUUUAGUGUGUUCUUAGCUAUUUUCUGGAUAUUCACGUAUAAGAAGGUUCCUGAAACAAAGAAUAAGACAUUUGAAGAAAUUCUAGCUCUCUUUAGACAUGGAAAUGGAAGAGGAACUUUUCGUGGUACUAAGUUGUAUGGGAGUAUGCUAAACUGCGUAAAUAGUUUGGAGCCGCAGAGUAUGAAUUCGGGCAUCGAGCAUGCGGCGCUGAUGAUAUCUGAGGAAAAGACCCAACAUGAUUCACUGUUUGGUACAAGCCUGGAGCCGUCAGCAAUGGCUCUCAUGACGGAUGGUGAAAUACCGCUGACGGACAGCACGAAUCUCCUGGGGCCUUCGAGUCUCGUAGGUAUUGUGCCAUAUCGGGUCAAUUAUGGAACCAAUUCACCAAUGCCAAACCGGAGGCAACAGACCUUAAGUGUGGCACCGCGGGAUAGCUUCCGGAGACAUUCUGCCCACGGAAGAAUCUGCUCACAAGCCGCUUCCGAGCGCUGUUCCGAAGGCGCGAGAAAUGCCCAGCAGGGGCGGAACGCUGUCUCUGUGCCCCAUCACCUUCGACAGGGAGCAACUUCAUGCCCGAACAGCGGGCUCUGACUGAGGAGCGUCUCCCCGCCUAGCGGCAGCA